AUGAACGCCAAUCUGCUGAUCUUCAAAACAGUAAUUGCCGGAGACAGCUGGGGCGAAGUUGCAGUGCCGGUGAUCCAAGAGUUUCCCCUGGCUCUUGUGAUUUUCAUGGGUUCCCACCUGACCAUCGUCUUCGGUGUCUUGAAUCUUGUGGUUGCUGUUGUGGUGGACACCUUUGCAGAGCAGCGCACAAAAGACGUGACAAACAUGGCGAUGGAGAUGGAGGAGAAUGAGGAGGAGGAUUUGAGAGAGUUAGACAAGAUGUUUGCCCAAAUCGACGGUGAUGGAGAUGGCGAGCUGACUCUUCAAGAGCUGGUAGACGGUGCACGACGGGUGCGCGAAUUCCAAAACAGACUGCGGGUCAUGGACAUAGAUCAGGCUGAUCUGGAGCAGUUGUUUGGGAUGUUGGACCACGAUGGCGGAGGCACUAUUGACCCAGACGAGUUCAAAGUGACAUUAUCGCGGUGGGCAUUUGAAUCUAAGACCGCCACCCGUUUUGUGCGCUACACUUUGCAGCAGCUCAUGGACAAUCAUCAAACAGCAGCUCACAAGCUUUCAACAAUGGAAGAGCGACUUCAAUCAGCGGUGUCGGAAAAAACACAUAGCAGCACACGGCCUCAGCAUCCCAAGCGCCGGCGGGUGAGAGGCCUCAGAUGGCGAGGGCUUGUUGCCUCGUCCCGCUACAGGGAAUCCUUGGCGUUACCAGUGCAUUCACGCCGUUCAAGCUACAAGCUGGAGGCCCACGCGUGGCCUGCUGUUGCUGGCGACUGCUUUGGACCCCGCUGCCACCAGUCAGUGAAGCCGGCACAUUUGGGCGAGGUGCCGGCGUUCUGCAGCAACGACAGCGCUGCACAACCGAUUUGA